GCCUGUCUCUGCUCCCAUCUAGAAAUCCACUUCGAUUCGCCCUGGACGCUCCUGCCUCCUGCUAGUCGACGCGCAAUCCUUGGCAAUCUGGCAGACAGGUGAGGCGCUGAGCCUGCUACUACUAACUAGGAGCCGCGGCGGGAAAUGAGGGAUGCGGAGGCGGCGUCGCGCCGGCGGUGGACGCUGGUGCUGGUGAACAUGGCGUCGGUGCUGGAGAAGGCAGACGAGGUGUUGCUGCCCGCCGUGUACAAGGAGGUGGGCACGGCGCUGGGCGCUUCUCCGACCGCGCUGGGCUCCCUCACCCUCUGCCGCGCGCUCGUCCAGGCCGCCUGCUACCCGCUCGCCGCCUACGCCUCCGCGCGCCACGAUCGGGCCCGUGUCGUCGCCGUGGGAGCCUUCCUCUGGGCCGCCGCCACCUUCCUCGUCGCCGUCUCCGGCAGCUUCCUCCAGGUCCGUCCGUCUCCCCGAUUUCCUCCCAACUCUUUCCCUCUUCCUCCUGUCGCUGACGUGGCGGACCCACUGCUCCACGUUUCUCCCGCAGCACGUGGUUGGCAUUGCACUGGCACCUACCUACCACCAAACGUAGCGGUUAUCCGAAUAUUCUAUUUCAAUUUCGCAACACAAAAUAAAAGAUGGUCGGUGAUAUUUUGGUGCAUCUCUGACACGUGGGCCCAUCCACUGACUAGCAACCUGUGGCUCGCGCGCUCGCAUACGCAUACGCAUACGCACUGCGCAGAUGGCGAUCUCGCGGGGCCUCAACGGCAUCGGUCUCGCGCUGGUCCUCCCGGCGAUCAGCUCGCUCGUCGCCGACUACACCGAUGACCACACCCGUGGCGCGGCCUUCGGGUGGCUGCAGAUGACCUGCAACCUCGGCUCCAUCCUGGGGGGCUCUUUCGGCGUGCUGCUCGCGCCAGUCACCUUCCUCGGCGUCGCAGGGUGGCGGCUCGCCUUCCACUCCGUGGCCGUGAUCAGCGUCGCGCUGGGCGUGCUCAUGUGGCUCUUCGCCGCGGACCCGAGCCCGGCCGCCAAGUGCAAGACCGCGGCCUCCGCGGGGGAGGAGGCCAAAGAGCUGCUCCAGCACGCCAGGCGCGUCCUCGGGGUGACCACGUUCCAGAUCAUCGUGGCGCAGGGGAUCGCCGGCUCCAUCCCGUGGUCCGCGCUCAACUUCUCCGCCAUGUGGCUGGAGCUCGUCGGGUUCACGAAUUGGCAGACCAGCGUCAUCACGGGGCUGUACCUGUUCGCCACCGCUCUCGGCGCGCUCUUUGGGGGCCUCGUCGGAGACCCUGUCGCCAGACGGUUCCCCAACACUGGUAGGAUCGCCCUGGCGCAGAUAAGCUCAGCGUCCGCGCUCCCACUCGGCGCCAUCCUGCUGCUGGCGUUGCCCAAUGACCCGUCCACCGGUGUGGCGCACGCCGUUACAUUCUUCGUCAUGGGGUUCGCCAUCUCCUGGAACGCAUCGUCGACCAACAAUCCCAUCUUCGCGGAGAUUGUGCCGGAGAAGGCGAGGACGACGGUCUACGCACUGGACAAGUGUUUCGAAGCAGUGUUCGCGUCGUUUGCGUCUCCCAUCGUCGGUGUUCUUGCAGAGCGCGUGUUCGGCUAUAAGCCGGUCUCGUCCGACACGAGCGUGGACACGGACAGGGAGAAUGCUGCCGCAUUGGCAAAGGCUGUCUACACGGAGAUCGCCGUGCCCAUGGCCAUCUGUUGCCUGACCUACACCUUCCUGUACUACACGUACCCCCGAGACAGGGAGCGUGCUCGAAAGGACCUUCUGAUGGCAUCGGAUGACCACCUCGGUGGAGAAGCCAAUGACAAUGAGUCAAGUGCGGUUCAUACACUGGUAGACGAAGAAUCUUCUGUCAGCUCCUUAAAUCAGAGGCUAAUAUCUUGAGGAGGCUAGCUGCAGGUGGAGAUGGGGAAGUCCACCAUCGUUUCCUGGACUCUGUCUCUCUCAUUCAUGUGUGGCUCCACGGUUUCAGAUUCGCCGAAACCGUCAUUACCGGUUACCACGCAUGGAAAUGCGAAAUCUACAGACCAUAUUUGCAUCU